GAUUUUUUAUCCAGUCAUAAUUGGACACGUAUACAGAGACAGAAACCUUGAGGCAUCGUAACAAUAACCGGUUGGGAUCCGUCGACCCAGAUGAUAAAAUAGAUCAACUGUUUCUGCUCAAAAGGUACUAACGAGUUGACUCAGUAAUCUCUGGUUUCACUCGUCGUCGGAUAAAAAAAAAGGAAGAGCAUUUCCUUUUCUCUCAACUCACAAGUCAAUUGAUGGCGACUGAAAAGCCUAUUACUACGGAGACCGUUGCUCUCACCGAGAAGAAAAUGGACAUGUCUUUAGAUGCUAUUAUCAAGAUGUCAAAGAGCAACAACACCAAUGUCAAUAAAGGCAAGAAACUGAGAGCAUCCAAUAAAAAGGAGAAGUUUAAUGGUGCGGCCAAAAACACUACGGUAAAAGCUCAGCGUUAUAUGGACUCACGGUCUGAUGUUAGACAGGGUGCUUUUGCAAAGAGAAGGUCUAAUUUCCAAGGACCUGUUACAACAGCUGUUGCUCGUAAUGUUGCUUCUGGUGCUCCAAUCCGUGGUAGACCUUAUAACGCGGGAAGGAUGGCUAAUACGAAUCAAUCAAGGUCUAGACUGCUUGAUAAUUCUCUGAUCAUUUGCUUAAUAACAUGGGCUCCCCUCUAUGCUAUUCUACUCUCUCUGAGGUUCAUUACUCCACCAGCUCAGUAUGGAUCUGCACCAAGAGGGUUUGUCUCAAAGCAGCAGCAGCAAUGGGAGAAGAUAGAGCAGAAGCAACCAAAUGGAGGAGGGCAGAGGCAAGGGCCUCAGACGCUGGACUCUCGGUUUGCAAACAUGAAAGAAGAGAGGAUGAGAAUGAGAAUGUUUACAGAAAAGGGAAUCAAUGUAGGCAACAAUGGUGUUGGACUGCAGUACCACCAGCAGCAGCAACGUCCCUGGGGAAGAAGAGCCGCAAGAUUCCCCAACUGAUUAAUGUGAUCCGCAGAACAAUGGCGUUACUAUUAAUGCAGUUUGGUUUGGAUUCAAUUUAUGAAGUGUACGACAUUCAUUUAUGAAUCUUUCUCUUCUUGGAGACUAGCAGAAGAGGAAAUAUUGAAUCUUUGGUUGUAAUUGGUGUGUUCUUUUGGUCAGGGAGGGAUAUGAAAAUUGACCAUUUUCCCCUCAUCUCUUUCUUGAUUGGGAAGCUUGCACAGAAAUGUAAUCACAUGAAAUGAAAGAUUUCCCCUUAUAGUAUUUGUAAGCUUAGAUUGGCACAUCAAAAUAGUUAACUAAGUUCAA